ACAAAAACAAAUAUUAAAGUCCAUUUGAUUAAAAUAUAAAUACAUCACUUCAGCCCUGUGCCACAAAGAUGAGGAGUUUGACAUGAAUGCAUUUUGCUUCUGCAACUGCAAUCUAAUUUAAUCAACCCAUCAACCUAAGGUUCAAUAUCUAUAAUCCCUCCCAGCUCAACAGCACAGACAAUCAAAAUGCAUACUGCAGAGAUUGUUUUGUAUGGAUCAACUUUAUGUGUCAUGAUUAGUGUGCAUUUUGCUAUGAAGCUACUCUCAGAGCAUGUUUCGAACUGGAAGAAACCAAAGGAGCAGAAGGCCAUAGUAGUUAUAAUUCUUAUGGCCCCAUUGUAUGCUGUGGACUCCUAUGUUGGUUUGAUAAAUUUCUUUGGAAGUGAAGUUUUUUUCACAUUCUUGGACUCAAUUAAGGAGUGUUACGAGGCUUUGGUGAUUGCUAAGUUCUUGAGUUUGAUGUACAGUUAUUUGGACAUUUCCUUGAGUAAGAACAUAGUUCCAGAUGGGAUCAAGGGAAGAGAGAUUCACCAUUCAUUUCCAAUGACUCUUUUUCAGCCUCAUACUACUCGUCUGGACCAUCACACACUGAAGCUUCUCAAAAACUGGACUUGGCAAUUUGUUGUGAUACGUCCAGUGUGCUCAAUCUUGAUGAUAACUCUACAGUAUUUUGAGAUUUAUCCCAGUUGGGUCAGCUGGACAAAUACAAUCAUUCUAAACAUUUCAGUGUCACUGGCACUAUAUUCUCUUGUUGUUUUCUACCAUGUGUUUGCUAAAGAGCUGGAACCACACCAGCCUCUUGCCAAGUUUUUAUGUAUAAAAGGGAUUGUCUUUUUCUGCUUUUGGCAGGGAAUUGUUCUUGAACUCCUGGCAGCAUUGGGAAUAAUCCGAUCCCGUCAUUCUUGGCUAACCGUGGAACGUAUUGAGGAAGGCUACCAAAACAUUUUGGUUUGUCUUGAAAUGGUUUUCUUCUCUAUAUAUCAGCAAUAUGCAUAUAGUGCUGCACCAUACAAGGGUAAUAACAAAAGUAGUGCACCUUCAGAUAAGAAAACAAAGUGAUUCAAAGGCAUGGAUUACUGAGUGUUACGUCUACCAAUCUAUGUACUUUCAAUAUCACUGUUGCUUCUCGCCUCUCCUCCACUAGACAAUUAGUAAAACAAUUGUGCGGAAAAUGCCAAAGUAUAUUGAAUAAGAUCCAGAUACAUUAAAAUGA